UGUGAAAUGAGAGUUCAAAAUGAGAGUUCCUGUACAAAUCAUCACCUUUUCCUGUUUCCUAUUUUCUGUCACUGUUGUGCGAGGUCAAGAAAAAACGUGCGCAGCACCAAUAAUCCCAAAUGCAGAGAUUUUGGGAGAACAGAGACCAGAAUACAAAAUCGAUUCAAGGAUACAAUAUAAAUGUCAUUGUGGGUUUGAACCAGAGCAGCCUGUAGAAAUCAUCUGUAACUCCCGGACUGAAUGGACAGGCAUACGGAUAUGCACUGCAAAACAAAAAUUGUGCCCUGUUCUAUAUGUGGAAAAUGGGUUGAUACACACCCUCACCUCCAAUAAGGAAGAAAUCUUUUACACCUGCGACACGGGUUAUAAACCAUUCCGUGGGAACUGGUGGGAUUCAGUGACAUGCAGCAGAGGCUCUUGGUCUGAAGAACCUCGGUGCAUCCGGGAGGAAGAGUGUGGUGCUUUUCCCAGUGUUCACCAUGGAAAACUAAAGCAAACAAAACAGAUCUUCAAUAAUGGAGACGCAACAACAUUUGAAUGUGAUCCAGGGUUCAAACCAACUCAACGCUUCAUAAGAUGUGUCAAUGGUACAUGGGAGACACCAGUUUGUGAGGUGGAUGUACGUUGUGACAUUCCUCCAAAGGUGGAAAAUGCAUUCAUAACAUCUAAACCUGAAGAAUUUUAUGGAGAUGGAUCUAGUGUAACAUACGCAUGUCGAAGCUCAUUCUUAAUGAAUGGGAAAAGCACAGUUUUCUGCCGCAGUGGAACUUGGGAAGAAGCGCCAACAUGUAAAGGUAAGAUUCUGAUUGAGGUAAUGUGUGUUGCAAAGCUGACAGAGAACAUGAGAUCAGACGUCACUGCGGACGGACACCCAGGGCCUGAGAUUUCAGUUAGAGCUGGACGCACAAUAACUCUUAGCUGCCUUGGAAAGGGAGUGAAAUUACUAGGACAGAAAAAAAUCACUUGUCAGUCAAAUGGAGAAUGGAGCAGCCCUUUUCCUAAAUGUAAAGGUAAGACCACAAACGGUAAAAAACUUCCCAUUCCGUAAAUGUGCAGGAGGUCA